AUGUAUGGGCAGAAGGAAGCCGUUGCGGUUGGUGGAGCCGAUGAAGUGCUCGAUGAUGAAAGGGAGCUCGACUUGGAGCUGGUGCUUGAGGUUGACAAAGUUGUGGAUGACGAGGACGUGCCAGAGGACGUGCCAGAGGAAGUGCCGGUAGAAGUGCCAGAAGAAGUACCUGUGGAUAUCCCGGACGACGUGCCGGAAGAAGUGCCUAAGAAGGUAUUAGAAGACGCUCCAGAAGAAGUGCUUGAAGAUGUGCCUGAAGAUGUGCCUGUAGACGUGCCUGAAAGCGUGCCUGUAGACGUGCCUGUAGACGUGCCUGUAGACGUGCCUGUAGACGUGCCUGACGUGCCUGUAGUCGUGCCUGUAGUCGUGCCUGUAGACGUGCCUGUAGUCGUGCCUGUAGUCGUGCCUGUAGACGUGCCCGAAGAGGUGCCUGUAGACGUGCCCGACGUGCCUGUAGACGUGCCUGUCGUGCCUGUAGACGUGCCUGAAGACGUGCCAGUGCUUGACGGCGUACUAGAGGACGUGCCCGUGCUUGAUGUCGUGCCGGAGGACGUGCCAGUGCUUGAUGUCGUGCCGGAGGACGUGCCAGUGCUGGAGGACGUGCCAGAGGGCGUGCCAGAGGACGUGCCAGUGCUUGAUGGCGUGCUAGUACUUGACGGCGUGCUAGAGGUACCAGAGGAUGUGCUAGAGGACGUGCUAGAGGACGUGCUAGAGGACGUGCUAGAGGACGUGCUAGAGGACGUGCUAGAGGACGUGCCAGUGCUUGACGGCGUGCUAGUACUUGACGGCGUGCUAGAGGUGCCAGAGGAUGUGCUAGAGGACGUGCUAGAGGACGUACCAGUGCUUGACGACGUCCCGGAGGACGUGCCAGACGACGUACCAGUCGUCGAGGUGCCCGUCGUCAAUGAGCUACUAGACGAAGUGCUGAACGUAGAACUCGUAGCCAGGCUGGAUGUUGUGCUCGAACCUGUGCUGGAUGUUAGUAGGCUGCUGGUGGAAGAACUGUAA